AAUAUUGUUCCUCUUGGCAAAGCGUCCGCGUCACGUGUGUGUGUGUGCAGCUCUGCCCUCCGCGCUGUGCCAUGUGGAUGUGCGCGAGAUGGGGGAAUUCGGACGCGGGCUCCGGGCGGGCGCGCGGCGCGGGCGGCGCUCGGCGGCUCCAUGAGCGCGGUUUGUGUGAUUUUGCUAAAAUGCAUCACCAACAGCGAAUGGCUGCCUUAGGGACGGACAAAGAACUGAGUGAUUUACUGGAUUUCAGUGCGAUGUUUUCACCUCCCGUGAGCAGUGGCAAAAAUGGACCAACUUCCUUGGCGAGUGGACAUUUUACUGGCUCAAAUGUAGAAGACAGAACUAGCUCAGGGUCCUGGGGGAAUGCAGGACAUCCUAGUCCAUCCAGGAACUAUGGAGAUGGGACUCACUAUGAUCAUAUGGCGAGCAGAGACCUCGGGUCACAUGACAAUCUCUCUCCUCCAUUUGUCAAUUCCAGAAUACAAAGUAAAACAGAAAGGGGAUCAUACUCAUCGUACGGAAGAGACUCGAGUUUGCAGGGUUGCCACCAGCAAAGUCUCCUGGCCGGGGAGAUGGACAUCGGCAACCCCGGGGCGCUGUCCCCCAGCAAGCCGGGCUCCCAGUACUACCAGUACUCCAGCAAUAACCCGCGCCGCCGGCCGCUGCACAGCACCUCCAUGGAAGUUCAGACAAAGAAAGUUCGGAAAGUUCCUCCGGGGUUGCCGUCCUCAGUAAGUACCGUGCGGCGCGGUGCGGUGGGGCGGGACGGGGCGGGAUGCGGCCAUUGGCACCCAUGGGCGACGGAUGGCCUCGGGGUGAGGCGCGGGGCUGCAGCGCUCAUCUCCCGCCGGGGUGACGGACGCCCCGGUGGCACGCGGCACGGUGCAGGUGCCCGCAGUGGGAGCCCCACGUGCUGA